AUGGACAACCAACCGAGUUGUAACCCGUCAGUUGACGCCACCAUUAUACAUUUGGUCAUUGAGGCACUGCAAGCUGCAAGCUGCGCAGUGGACGGCACCGCACACGACUCGUAUGGACGACUGUGGGAGCUGGUAUCCAGCGACACAGUUGCUGGAUCAUUCUUUUUAAGGUCCCUCUCUAUAUCGUUGGGGAUAGAACUACCCUCUUGCGUUCUAAAUUGCGCAAAAAUUGAGGAGGUUGCAGCAAAGAUCACUGAGCUCGGGUCAGGAAUCUGCGCAACUCUGAGAAAUAGGGUUCCCCUGCGUACAAUCCACCUACACCAAGGGCACCCCCGCGUGGCAAUCAUAAGCGCUUCAUGCCGCUUGCCAGGAGGAGUGGAGACACUCGGUGACUUGUGGUCAGAUAUCCUUGUCCCAGGAAGGGAUGCGAUCACACCUAUUCCCACCUCACGUUGGGAUGCAGAUCUGUUGUACGACCCAGAAGGAGGUGAGGGCACUAUUUACGUCAAAGAAGGAGGGUUCAUUGAAGAUGCAGAUGCCUUUGACAAUCGCUUCUUCGAAAUUCCCCACCAUGAAGCUGCACAAAUGGACCCGCAACAACGGCUUCUCUUGGAAGCUGCUUUCGAGGCUAGGGCACCCUUGAUGAAAGGCCGAAUAAGCCCAUCAGAUGAGACGGGGGUUUUUAUUGGAUGCUCGUGCGCUGACUGGUUUCUGGUUCACGCAAAACUUACUGCCAGAGAUAGCCCUUCGUGCUUUAUUGUAGACCUCCAGCAUGCAAUGCUGGCAAAUCGCAUUUCAUACUGUAUGAACCUGGAGGGGGCGUCAAUGACAAUAGAUACUGCCACAUCUUCAGGCAUCGUUGCAUUCUGUACAGCAGUUAGCCAGAUUGAAUCAGGCCGCAUGGUAUGCGCCCUUGCAGGUUCGUCUCAACUUAUCAUUGCUCCAGAGGUCACAAUAGCUCUCUGCAACCUAGGGAUGCUAUCACGGAAAGGACGAUGCCGCCCGUUUGAUGAAGCUUCUGAUGGUUUCAUUAGAUCCGAAGGGGUCGUCGUUUUCUCCCUUGUUAGGGAAGACUACGUUGCCGACUACGUCGACGCUAAGGUGGUGUGCCCACUAGCGUAUGUUCGUGGACAUUCUGUGGUUCACAGUGGAAGGGCGUUCUCUACCACUGCUCCAAGCGAAGGUGCGGAACGCCGUGUCAUGGAAGGGGCACUGGCCAAGGCAAGCUUAUCUCCUGACGAUGUCGACUACAUUGAGGCCCACGGCACUGGAACGAGGAUGGGGGAUGCAGUAGAGGUUCAAAGUAUAGCUGCUGUAUUUGGAGACUCACACGAACCUGCAAGGCCACUUCUUGUGGGCUCAAUCAAGGGGAAUAUCGGCCACUGCGAAGGCUCGUCAGGGGGUGCAGGAAUUUGCAAGGCUAUCCUUGUACUCAUCAACCGCUGUGUGCCAGGUACCCUUCAUUUUAAUCGUCUCAGCAGCUUAAUAGAUAGGGUCCCGAAAUACUUUUCUAUCCCUCGGACGACAACAAAAUUCCCAAUCCCUGAUAGGCCACUGGUGGUGGGUGUAAGCUCUUUUGGGGUUGGUGGCUGUAACGGCCACGUCAUUUUAGAAGGCCCGACUGUAGGUCAGCAUGAUUUCAAAACCCAGCUGAACGAUAAAUGUUUUUGGAAGAAGAACAGGUUUCCCUGGUCUCACCUGAUUAGCAUGCCAUGUGGCAGCAAUGAAGGGGUUUCUCCCGCGGAAUUACUAACCCCUGAGGGUUGUGUUGCAACUCCGACUUCUUCUUUCUGUGGGACAAAUUUCAGUCUUAUCGGGCCGGCGACAGACCAAGACGCCGGACGGAAUGGCCCUGUAGUGUUCACUGAGGUACCCGUUAUCGGACCCGGCAAUGGGACCAGCCACAAGCGACUCAAAGAAGUUCACCACGAAAAUAAGUCAAGCUCCUUUAGCUGCGACAAUGGUAGUCUCCAAGCGGCACACGUCGAGUUCGGGACAUAUUCAUCGGUUGGUGAGGAGCCGGAUAUGCGCCCUAGCUGUAGUUCGCAUUCGCCGGGGCGUUCCCCACAACUUCCUGUGGCAGACAGUUCUCCGUAUCAUAAAGUUCCACCGUCUAUACCUUCUGUCCUCUCUCGUGAACAGAUAAGGGCAGCAAUCGACGAGUCGCUCAAGCUAGCUCUUAACCGCGACGAGCCUCUGCAAGAAGAUACUCCUUUUGUGGAGGCAGGUGUCGAUUCAAUGACAUCUAUUGGUAUCAGAGAAAACUUAUCAAAGAAACUCAAAAUACAGCUACCGUCAACCAUCCUAUAUGACCAUCCGUGCAUUGCCCAGCUUGUGGGAUACUUGGAGCAAAUUUCAUCUACACAGGAAGUGGAUGCAGGCACUAAGGCCCUCUCUUGUCUGGGACAUCCUAAUGCACGAAGCGCCAUUGCAGUCACAGCUCUGGCUUGCAGGUUCCCUCAAAGCGCUCAGACUGAGUCGGAGUUUUGGGAGACACUCCAAGGCGGUAAGGACUGUAUUCAGCACAUCCCCCUCACGCGUUUUGACCCGUGGAAGUACAGAGAUUCUGGGACAGAUCAAUCAAAUAAACUUUAUGUCAGUGAUGCUGGAACAUAUCCAGAUAUGGCCUUAUUCGACAACGCAGCAUUCAACAUUUCCGUUGCUGAGGCUCACUUGAUGGACCCUCAUCAACGCGUCCUGUUGGAAGUUUGCCAGGAGGCAAUUGCCCAUGACCUCCAAAAACGGAGUCUACUGGAUGUUGCCAUUGUUGUUGGCUGCUGCAACAAUGACUGGGUUCGAGAAGCUUGCACCUCACAACAGGAGGCAAAAAGUUUGACAGGGACCGGUGGGGCUGCCUCAAUCAUUUCCAACAGGCUCUCACAUGUGUUCGGAUUUUCUGGGCCAAGCGUUACUCUAGACACAGCGUGCUCCUCCUCGCUUGUUGCACUCGAUUUUGCGAUUAGCUACAUGGCAACGCAGGCAAUAUCCCAAGCACUUGUCGUUGGCGUCAACCUCAUGCUAAGGGCUGAAGCCUUCCAACAAACAUGUAAAGCACAUAUGCUAAGCAUCGACGGCCGUUGCAAGACCUUCGAUGCAUCUGCAAAUGGCUACGUUCGCAGCGAAGGAUGCGGUGCACUACUUCUAAAGGCACUGCCCCGCCAAUAUGCAGACCCUUCCACCGUGUAUGCAUGGAUUCGUGGGGCUGCUAACAAUCAUGUAGGCAGAAGCGCCAGCCUGACAGCACCCAAUGGCCCUGCCCAACAAGCUGUAAUCCGAUCCGCCUUGAGAGACGGCCGAGUUCAGUCGCCCGCAGAUGUAGCUGUUCUGGAAGCACACGGCACAGGGACGGCUCUUGGAGACCCCAUUGAGGUUGGAGCAAUUCGCGCAGUGUAUUGCAAGGGCUUUGUAGAUAGUCCACCCCUCAUAGUGGGUGCCCUAAAGUCGCUUAUGGGCCAUGCGGAGGGGGCUGCCGGCAUUGCCGGCCUCAUCAAGCUCAUUCUCGUGCUCCAACACAGAUUAGCUACCC